UCUUCUCCAGGCUGAACAAGCCCAACUCUCUCAGCCUGUCCUUGUGUGGGACGUGCUCCAGCCCCUCACAUCAUCUUUAUGGCCUCCUCUGGGCUUUACCCAACAGAUCCAUGUCCUUCCUGUGCUGAGGACUCCAGAAGCGAACACAGGGCUCCAGGUGAGAUCUCACAAGGGCAGAGUAGAGGGGCAGCAUCACCUCCCUCACCCUGCUUGUCACCCUCCUGAUGCAGCCCAGGACAUGGUUGGCUUUCUGGACGGCAAGUGCACAUUGCCGGCUCAUGUCGAGCUUCUCAUCCACCAGGACCCUCAAGUCCUCCUCAGGGCUGCUCUCAAUCCAUUCUCUGCCCAGCCUGUAAUUGUGCUGGAGAUUGCCCUGACCCAGGAGCAGGACCUUGAACUUUGCCUCAUUGAACCUCCUGACGUUCACGCGGACUCAUGUCUCCACGCUGCCCGGGUCCCUCUGGGAGCCACCCAGACGCCAUUCAGCGUCUCUCACCUUACGCCUCCCUCCCUUUUGUUUAGAACUAGAGGAGAGGAGCGGCAGCCCCGGCAACGAGCGCUGCGCGAAGGACUCGCGUCUCCCAUUGGGAACCCGCACCCCCGCCUCCUCCGUCGCCGCAGGCCACGCCCCCUCCGAUCAGGCCCCGCCCACCGAGACACCCCGCGCUCCAGGCCACGCCCCCUGCCGCGUCCCUCCGCCUUUGGGUCCCCGCCGGCCCCCGUAGGCGGCCGCGCGCUGCCAUUGGCCGGUUCAAGAGUCGCGGGCUGCUUGAACGGCGCGAGCGGCGCGGCGCGAGACUCGGCGGCGGCCGCGCCCUUCCCUCCUCCUCCUCUUCUUCCUCCUCUUCACCCCCGUCCUCCUUCUUCUUCUCCUCCUCCUUCUUCUUCCCCUCCUUCUUCUUCCCCGUCUUCCCCCGCCAUGCUGGCGGAGCAGGAGAACCAGGAGAACAUCCCCCCCGGCGGCAAAGCGGCGCUGCCCGCGGCCGGGCCCCGCAUGGCACUGGGGGUGCUGCGGCAGCGGCCCGGGGCCCCGCUGCAGGCGGCGCGGGGCGGCGGGCAGCACCCCGCCACCCUCCGCGGGGACCAGCAGGACGGCGGGAAGCGGCCCUUAAGUAUCCAUGUGGACCAGCUUGACGGUAGGAAGCAGCCCUUUGCCAUCCAUGUGGACCAGCCUGACGGUAAGAAGCAGCCCUUUGCCAUCCAUGUGGACCAUCCUGACGGUAGGAAGCAGCCCUUUGCCAUCCAUGUGGACCAGCCUGACGGUAAGAAGCAGCCCUUUGCCAUUCGUGUGGACCAGCCUGACAGUAAGAAACAGCCCUUCAGCGUUCAUGUAGACCAGCCUGACGGUGGGAAGCAGCCCUUCAGCAUCCAUGUGGACGAGCCAGACGGCGGGAAGCAGCCCUGCACCGUCCAUGUGGAUGAGCCGAAGCAGCAGCAGCCCUUCAGCAUCCAUGUGGACGAGCCAGACGGCGGGAAGCAGCCCUUCAGCAUCCAUGUGGAUGAGCCUGAGCAGCAGCAGCGGCGGCAGAGGCCGCGGCGGGACAGCCCGGUGGCACAGAAGGAUGAGGAGCUGGGGCUCCGAGCUGCCGUCUGCGCCCUCGGGGAGCGGCGGCCCCUGGCCACCCUGAGCACCACCGUGGAGAUGAGCUUCGAUUCUCCAAGUAUUAUGGAUAUUUCAAUAACCCCUGAAGAAGAAGAAGAAGAGGAGGAGGAGAAAAAACCAAACGUUAACAAUGUGCCCGACUACAUCAAUGAUAUCCAUACAUACCUUAGGGAAAUGGAGGUGAAAUGCAAGCCUAAAGCAGGUUACAUGAAGAAGCAACCAGAUAUCACAAACAACAUGCGAGCUAUUCUUGUGGACUGGCUGGUGGAAGUUGGAGAAGAAUACAAAUUACAGAAUGAAACCCUGCACUUAGCUGUAAAUUACAUCGAUAGGUUUCUUUCUUCAAUGUCUGUUUUGAGAGGAAAACUUCAGCUUGUGGGUACUGCAGCUAUGCUGCUUGCUUCGAAGUUUGAAGAAAUCUACCCUCCUGAAGUAGCGGAGUUUGUCUAUAUCACAGAUGACACCUAUACCAAGAAGCAAGUUCUAAGAAUGGAGCACUUAAUUUUGAAGGUUUUGUCGUUUGACUUGGCAGCUCCAACAAUCAACCAGUUCCUCACUCAGUAUUUCCUACACGAGCAGACAAACACUAAAGUGGAGAGCCUGUCAAUGUACCUUGGGGAGCUGAGUUUAAUUGAUGCCGAUCCAUACCUGAAAUACUUGCCAUCAGUUAUUGCUGCUGCAGCGUUUCAUCUAGCGGGCUACACGAUCACUGGACAAACUUGGCCUGAAUCCCUGUGCAAAGUAACAGGCUACACCUUUGAAGACAUCAAGCCUUGCCUCAUGGACCUACACCAGACCUACCUCAAAGCAGCGCAGCACACACAACAGUCCAUAAGGGAAAAGUACAAGAGCACAAAGUACCAUGGAGUAUCGCUUAUUGACCCGCCAGAAACACUAAACUUAUCGUAAUAAUGCAGAGACUGACCUUUUUAAGAGAUGUAUAUUACAAGAAAAUGAUGUACAGUUUUAAACAUGGUUCAAAAUUCCAGAUGUGAUCACUCAGAACAGUAGCACAGGUUUUGAGGAGCUCAAUUAUGAUGUUAGUUUUAUGUGGUUUUAAUGCAAAUCUUUUGUACAUGCAAUCUUGUUGAAAUAGUUAGCUGGGGUUUUACACAAAUGUUCUCUUUGAGCACGGAAUUAACCAUGCAAACAAAGUGAAGUCUUGAGACUGCUUAAUUAAUUAUAGAGUGGACAUUAACAUUAACAUUAGCAGUGCAUUAUUGUGGUAGGGCAAGGAAAGAAGGACUUGGGACUCCACAGCAGUAUUUGUAGCAUUUUUGUCCUGUCUAGUUUAAAAGGAAACUUAGCAUAGAGCCAAAAUGUGGCUUAAGGGCUGUAAUACUGGAAGAAACUAUAUAGCUGUUGAGGGGAACACCUUGCUGGAAUUGACUCUU